AACAAGGGACUUCAUAGACCUGCCUUUGCGAACAGCCAGUGCUAUUCUGUUCCAGGAAGCUGCAGAAAGAGCACCCUACAGUUACGUCCCAGAGUUGUUGAUGAGAAACUUUUUUGCACACGUUUGUUAAUAGUGAAAUGGAUUUUCCAGAUAAUCUGUAAUCCCAGGGUGUAUGAAACAAUCCUUUUCAAGAUGCAUGGGAUAUCACAUGUUGGGUCAACACCAGCAGCAAGUUCAAGGGUUUUUGAUGGAGAACACAGACACAGCCUCUCAAAACAUAUUUUUCCAAGUUAUGCUUGUGCCCUUCUGGAUGAUGAGACUGGCGACGAGUGUUGUUCCAUAAAUCCUUUGACAGGCUCCCCUUUCACAUGUCGCCGGAGCCCUCGGCUGCUUUCUAAUGGUUAUUACAUUUUGACAGAAGACAGUUUUCUGUCUGAUGAAGAAGGCAACAUAACACUGACACCAUCACAGACAAGUGUUACAUACAAGGAAAAUUUAGUUCGCGUAUUCAGGCGGAGGAAGAAAAUCCGUCGCUCUCUUGCCAGCUUCUUCAAUCUCAGUGCCUCUAAUUCGUGGCUCAGCAGCACUGUCCUCAGCGAUAUGGAUUCUUCCCAUGGAGAUGAUGCUUGGACUGAUAGAUGCGGUAAACUAGAAGUCAGUCAGAGUGAUAUUGUCACCGAAGAUCUUGUUAGAAGACGUGCGGAACAUAACAACUGUGAGAUUUUUUCACUGGAAGAAAUCUCUUUACAUCAGCAGGAAAUAGAAAAACUAGAAUAUCUUGACAAAUGGUGUCGAGAUUUAAAAAUUCUCUAUCUUCAAAAUAAUCUAAUUCCAAAAAUUGAAAAUGUGGGCAGACUAAAGAAGCUUGAAUAUUUAAAUAUAGCUUUGAACAACAUUGAAAGAAUUGAAAAUCUGGAAGGCUGUGAAGAGCUGAAGAAACUUGACCUGACAGCAAAUUUUAUUGGUGAACUCUCCAGUAUUGAAGUUCUAAAAUACAACAUACAUCUGAAGGAACUGUUUCUGGUGGGGAACCCCUGUACUGAAUUUGAAGGUUACAGACAAUUUGUGGUAGCAACUCUUCAUCAACUGAAAUGUUUGGAUAGUAAAGAAAUAGAACGUUCUGAGAGGAUUCGAGCACUUCAAAGCUAUCCAGAAGUGAAGGAGAAAAUCAGAGAACAGGAAGAAGCUUACCUUCUCAAAAGAGCCAAAGAGAAAGAAGAUGCUCAAAGAAGGAUGCAAGAAAGGAAGGACAAGAAAGAAAAUCAAAUGGAGUCUAAGCUUGGAAUUGACAGCCCAGACUCCCUACAAGACAUUGAAAACCCUCAGACAGAAAGAGAGCAACAAACAUGGGAAGAAGUUGCAGAUGAAGAAGACAGAAGAUUUUGGGAGGAGCCUACACCAUAUACGCCAGAAUCUAGAUUAGAAACUCAUAGAUACAUUGAAGAAAAGAGGAGAGCUAAAGACAAUAUAAGGGAGUCAAAAAAGAAAGAGAAGCCACUUCGGACAUUGAUCACCACAGAAGGAAAAGCUCUGAAUGUAAAUGAGCCUAAGCUUCAUUUCUCUUUGGAAGAUGAUGAAGAAAAUAACCAGUUCAUCUUGGAUCUUGCUGUUUACAGACAUCUGGAUACUUCUCUGCUUGAUGUUGAUGUCCAGCCAAGUUACAUACGAGUACUGGUGAAGGGAAAGCCUUUUCAGCUUGUGCUCCCUGAGGAAGUGAAGCCAGAUAGCAGCUCUGCUAAAAGAUCACAAACAACUGGGCAUUUAGUUGUCAGCAUGCCAAAGGCUGAAGAAAUAAUCCUGGCUAAGCAAAAAGUGUCAACUUCAAUCAAAACAUCUGACAGCAAUAUACUGCAAAAAAGUACAAGAAGAAGUGGACAAGUUGAGAAAUUAGAAGUGGAUCCUAGUAAAUAUUCAUUCCCUGAUGUGACAAAGAUAAUCCAAGAAAAGGAACGAAUCGGACAGGGACCUAUUAGGUUACAACCAGCAAAGAUUACAGAGACUAAGAAGAGUUAUGCUGAUAUUGAAAAUGAUGAAGAUGUUCCACCCUUAAUUUGAAAUGUUCUCAAAUAGUCCCUUUUAUGGGACCUGUAUGCCUGAGUUGUUUUCAUGACUCUAUAUGUAAUGUAAGUACAAUGUAUGUUGAGGCUGGAGAAUAUUGCUAUAGUUCUUAUCAUAAACUUUGUUAAACUUG